CGACUCGAGUAGUGAGAACGACGUUUACCAAAUCCUUUAAUUUCCAUUGUGUGUCAUCGUAAGACACGGCUUAGAUACGUAUUUAUACAUACUUUGAAAAGAAGAGAAAUACUUUUGUAGUGCUCGAUAAUUGUAAUAAAAAAAAUUACAUAAAACUCUUUAUUCAAUUAUACAAUAUAUUUCAAAUACCUCUAAUAUGCUGUGUAACCGUCAAAGCAAUAAUAUCACAAAUGCUAACGGUCCUGUAGCUGAUCCACGAGCUGAAGGAGGGCCUGGACAUAUCGACGGAGAUCCGUCACGACUUCGUGCGCAACGUGGCCGCCGCGCUGCAGGGGGCGCGCCUCACGCCCGCCGCCAGGAGGGACCUCACGCUGGCGCUGCGGACCUACGACCACACCGUCGAGAGCGUGCUUAAGCAAUACCUGUCGUACCUGAGCACGAUGUCGGAGACGCAGCACCUGCCGCGCGCGUGGCUGCAGGCCGAGUGGGCGUUCACCGCGCGCCUCGCCCGCCGCGGCACGUGCGCCGCACAGAUCGCGCCGCUCACCUUUGCUGAUAUAUCGUGCAACCAAAUAUCCAGACUCUUGAAGGAGUUCAAAAGCAAGUUUGAUGAAUUAGUGGAAUUAGAAAAGAGUGUCCAUUAUGCACCUAACAGAUACACGGCGUACGUGAUGUGCCGCGCGGUGCAGGACAUCUACGCGCGCUGGCGCGAGCCGCUGCUGCAGGCGGCGCAGUGGGCGCGCGCCCUGGCCGCCCGCCUCGCGCGCGCGCCCCGCCCCGCCUUCCGCCCGCAGCGCGCCGCCAUAUUCAAUAAAUUAAUGUCGAUGCGAGAGUUCACAUUGAAACAUACAGAAAUAGUCUUGGAAAGAACUAGAGUACCAGACGAGGAGCUGGAGUUGACCGAAGGUCUGGUCACGCGCAUAAGAGAACUGCUCCUGCAAAUGUUCAAGCUCGGCUUCGAGCUACACAAAGAGUUAUACAAGUUGGUACAGCCGCCAAAGCCUGAGGAACGGAUGUACAGACGAACGAGACCGGCGUCACUGCAACCGUCUCGACCUCAAGAGCCUGUAGAACCUAGGAGAAAGCGACCGGAAACAAUGAUCAUCAAUCAGACUAUCAAUCAUACGAUUCACAAAGAACUCCAUCGUGCCGUGAACGACGUGCCGGGCCGCAUGGCGGGGCCGCGCCGCUCGUUGGCCAGCUCUCCGCCUAAACUCGCGCUCCGAGCGAAGCUCUCCAGGUCGGAGAGUAUCAACGAAGACGCGGUGUUCGAUGACAAACUGUUCGAAUGCUAUGCAGAGAAUCAUGUGAGUAUACACUUGAGUUAAACGUUUUAAGGUUGAUUUUAGAGUGUUUAUUAAGGUGGGUUUAAUUUACAAUAAUAACAAAUAACAAUCUGCCAACGUAAUAUAGUAUAGGUGCUCGUUUUUAACUCCUUUAUUUAUAACAGUGGUAUUUUAUAGUAUUUUAUCAUAGUAACUUUUCAAACUAGCUUUAAGUAAGGAGUGUUUAUUUAUUCCCAUAAACUAAAAAAUAAUGUCCCCCCUUAAGGACCGCGUUAUGAAAAACUUAAAAAAUACGCGAGUUCUAUAAAUAUAUCUGGUAUUAGCACGAGGCGAGUAUAGAACGGCUACUGUCCGGCGAAGAGCAGAAGCAGGAGCCCGUACAGCUGAGGAGCGAGCGUGGCGACGUGAGCGAAGCGGGCGGGGCGAGCGCGGCCGUUGCUGUGGGCGAGGAGCGCGAGUGGGCGGCGAAGGUGGCGCGCGCGGUGAUACAGUUCGCGCGCUGCUGGAUGCGCUUCGUGGUGGAGCGCUGCGACCGCGGCCGCGGCCUGAGGCCCAGAUGGGCUAGCCAAGGAUUAGAAUUUUUAAUGUUGGCUUGUGACCCCUGCAACACUAAACAUCUCAGCGACGAGGAGUUUGAGGAGUUGAAGGAACUCAUGGACGGCUGCAUCUCCCACGUGGUGGGGUCGCGGCCGCGGGUUGACGUCACACUUGCGCCUCGACCGAGACAUAGACUACAGGUCAUUUAUAAACAUAUAUAAUAUUACAAUACAAUGUAUAAUGUAAUAAAAUUUAAACUGUAAAUGCAAACUACAAUAUAUAAAUAUAAAUAAACCUCACUCGACAUAUGUGCUCAUGGUAUGAAAAUCUGAUAAUACAAGAAUAUAAAAUAUAUAUGAAAUAUGGAUUAUGUUCAAUAUAAAAAUAUGUAUUAUAUUAACAGAGCCCGUCACCAAGUAGUCCGAACGCGUCACCAAACUCGACCACUCCGUCCGUUGAACCUGAACCACCGACUGAUCAGAGUUUAGAUCCAGCCGGUGAGUAAUGCAAAUAUAGUUAUCAUUUGUAAAUUGUUAUGUUAUGUAUAAAUUUGGAGCAACUUCAUUCAUUUGGCGCAAAUAGGUACUAGGUAAUUUGCAUAUCCUUCCUUUAAAAGAAACUCAUCAUUUCCCCAAUUGUUCUCCCUCUUUACUUGACUUAGUAAUCGUCUCAUCUCCUUCAUUAGCUGUUAAGCACGGGCAAUAUUCUGCAGACGCUUUUUCCUAUCACGACUUGGUAUAUGUUUCUUACCGGGUUCGACCUCCGAAACUAAAACCAACUGUCAGACUUCAGCGUAGUUUCGCAAGCAUUAACCAAGACCAGCUAAUUGAAGAUGCUGCCGACAAAGACUGGUCGGCUAUCUUUACGUCUAAUGAUGUUGAUGAACAAGUUGAGCAUUUUAACAAAUUAAUCAUUGAACUCUAC